GUGUGGCUGCUGGAGAUGAACUGUAACCCAGCUCUUCAUACCAACUGUGAGGUGCUGAAGGAGGUGAUACCCAGCACGGUGGUGGAGACACUGGAUAUAACUCUGGAGGUUUUCAACAAGCGUCGUCUCAGGCAGAGGAUCCUUCCCCUGGCCGGUCAGAGAGACUUUGUGCUGCUGCAUGACGGCGUUUUACCUCCUGGUCGUGUGCCGGCCUGCAGCCAGAGCAACACAAGCGCUGACUUCCACCACAAAACCACCAAACCGGGCCAAAGGCGUGAACAGAGAAGGUGUAAAUCUGGGUCAGAGGGUACAAAUGUGGCAUCCGCUGCUGUUUCUGAGUACGUUUCAGCAAGCGGUGAAGGAAGGAGAACCGCCUCGCCUCUCCAGCGAUGCUCCCAUUCACACAGAGGCAACAAACAGACGGUCAGGAGUGACAGCACCGGGCCUCGGGUCGAGCUCAAGCCAAGCAAAUGUACUUUGCAUCAUCGUUUAAAGGACGUGGAUAACGAGAAGACCCAGCAGAAGACGAGGACCAUCGUGUCUCCAUCGUCAGCAGCUCUGAGCGGGUCCAUCUCUGUCUGCGGCUCUCCUGAGACGCCACCCGGGCCUGCUGGACCUCCUGUGUGCACAGAAGAGCACGAAGGGGACACAGAGGGACCAGGGUUCAAAAGAAAAGAGGAACUGUGA